CCGUUCAACUAACUUCAGCCAAUGCUAUACGACACGAAGCGGAGCGAAGGAAAGGGAAAAUCCACGUUCAAAAUGUCUAAACAAAAGGCUCCCGAAGUGAAUUUAGCAAACCUUUACCACGAAUUGAACAAGUUUGCUCAAAAUGCUGAUUACACUAACCCCAGGGCACUGAAUGUAGCCAACAAGAUUUUGAAAGCUAACCGAGGAGAUGAGACUGCUUUCAAGUGCAAGAUCGUUUGUCUGAUUCAUCAGUCUCAGUUCCAGAUUGCUGUCAAAGAGAUUGUCAACAAUCCCAAUUUAGCCAGCGGGUUGUCAUUUGAGAAGGCAUACUGUCAGUAUCGACUUAACAAGAUUUCAGAAGCACUGUCGACAAUCAGGAAUGUCUCAGACCCAAGCCCAAAGCUACAAGAGCUGCUUGGCCAAGUGCUGUACCGGCUUGAACAAUACAGUGAAUGUGUUGGUGUGUACAAGAACUUGAUCAAAAAUACAUCGGAUGAUUAUGAAGAAGAGAGACAGACCAAUCUAUCUGCAGUCAUUGCUGGCCUCAAACUCUGGGAGAAUAAGGAUGUGGAGGAUCCAGGGUUGGCAGAUGACACCUGGGAGCUGAAUUUUAAUCGAGCUUGUUUGCUGAUUGGUCAAGCAAACUACCCAGAAGCCCUUCAACGGUUAGUCCAGGCUGAGCAACUCUGCCGUGAGAUGAUGGAAGAGGAUGAUGAUGUUGAAGCCGAACUGGGUGUGAUCCAUGUCCAGAGAGCCUAUGUUCUACAGCUACAAGGCAAGAAUGAUGAAGCUCUCAAGCUCUAUAACCAGGUGGUGAAAGCAAGGCCUUCGGACAUUGGACUAAUGGCAGUCGCUUCUGCAAAUAUCAUCUCGCUGAACAAGGAACAAAAUGUGUUUGAUUCUAAGAAGAAGGUCAAGGCUACCACUGUUCCUGGUCUGGAAAACAAGCUGACCAAGGGUCAGAAGUCACUCAUGGUCUACAAUAGAUUCCUGCUUCUGCUCUACACCAACCAGUUCGCGCAGUGCAGCAAGCUCCUGGCCACUCUGAAGCCACAGGACUAUGGAGAAGAGAUGCUGUGUCUGCUUCAGGCUAGCCUCCUGUGUCGACAGAAACAGAUUCCCAAAGCUGUCCAGGCCAUUCAGGAAUAUGUCAAUUCUCACGAUGGUGUUGGCUUGCCCACUCAACUGACUGUGGCCCAGCUGCUUUUGCUCCAAGGAAACAUCGGCAAGGCCUGUGACGUGCUUCAGUCUCUGAACCUCAGCAGUUACAAACCUGCCAUUGUCUCGACAUUGGUGGCGCUCUACAUGGGUAUGGAGGAUGGGGAGUCUGCCAUUCGUGUACUGGAUGAAGCCGUCAACUGGUACAAGGAACAUGGGGGCUCUCAGAGCGAGUUGAACAUUCUACUACGUGAGAACACUGCAUUCAAGCUGAAGACUGGUCAGUCCGAGGCAGCCACUUCCAUGCUGGAAGAUCUAAGAAGGUCCAACCCAGGUGACAUCAAGACCCUUGCUCAACUCAUAUCAGCCUACUCCAAGUUUGACCCCAAGAGGGCGCAAGAACUGAGUAAAGAGUUGCCUUCGGUGGCCCAGCUCUCGGCUGAUGUUGACGUUGAUGUGUUGGAGAACACUCCCCUCACCCUCAGCACCAGGCAGCUCAGGAGAGGAGGCAAGGCCGAUGCAGAGAAGACUGGUGCGGUAGCUUCGGUGGAAGAGAUGAAGAAGAAGAGGAAACGAAAGAGAAAACCUCUUCUGCCUAAGAACUUUGACUCCUCCGUGGCCCCUGACCCAGAGCGAUGGUUGCCGAUGAGGGAGAGGUCCCACUUCAAGGGAAAGAGACGACGAGACAAGAAGGGAGGCGGCGUAGGAAAGGGCACUCAAGGAGCUACGGCAGGCACCGGAGAAAUGGAUGCCAGCAAGCCCAGCAGUGUACCUAACUCACCCCGCCCUGGAUCCCAGACCAGUAGCAACACCGGCUCCCCCUCGCCAGGCAACCCCGCCCCCAGACAGCAGAAACCUGCCUCAGCAGCCUCCAAGAAGGGCAAACCAAAGAAGAAGCGAGGAGGGAAAUGGUAGACUCUCUAGGGGGGUGUUUCACAAAGCCUUUUGUCAAUUACAAAUGACAAAUAUCAGUGACAAAUCUGCUGAUAACCAAUCAGAAGCAAGGAUUUCAGUAGCUUAUAAUAAAAACUGUCAUUUGUCACUGAUGACAAGUUUUGUGAAACGGGUCCCAGAUUGGAUGUGGAGAGGUGCUGGACAUGAAAGAAUACGAGAUGGGUUAAUAGAGGGAAAGGAUUAUGAAGGAGGGAGGGUUAUGUUCCCAGGGGAAAGGGGUAAAGACAAAUUUGAUUAAGUUUGUUUAAAAGUGCAGCAAUGAAGAUGAAUAGGUAGAUACUAUUAUUAAUUGUCGAUUUUUAUUUUUAAAAUCUGUUCAUGAUCAUGCUAUGGAAGAAGAACUUGUUGGGCCUUUCAAACCCCUUAACUAUUUUACAUUAUGACAUUUUUGCUGUUUCAAUGCUAUUGGUAGCAAACCUUGCCUCAUUUGAUUUUUAAAAGUUUUAAUUUAUAUUAGAUUUUUAACAAAUUUUAGUCCUAUAUGAUCAAAUAACGGAUUCACUGAAACCUUUUGUCAAUCUGUGCAGGAUAUAAACCAACUUACCAAGCAACCGUCAAAUUUAAAAAAAAUAUGCUAAAGAGCAGUUUCUAAUUUAGUUCUACCAGAGAUUAAAAUGUAUAUGUAAGAAAAAUUACUGCUAGCAAUUCCUCUAAAACUUUAUUAUAUAAUUAGGAUACAUUGUACCUAUCUUGAUACAUUACAUGACUAAACUCAGUAGACAAUAUUCUUCUUUUACGAAAAACUGCUGCUGUUAUUAUUUUUCUUUCUCUCUCUCUCUCUCUCUCUCUCUCUCUCUCUCUCUCUCUCUCUCUCUCCCUCUCUCUCUCAGCUACUUUAACUAAUAAUUAAUUGUGAUAUCUCAACAACACUAUAAACUCAUGAUACAUGUAUAGUAUCAACAUUUAGUUGUUAAGAUUCACAUCUCAAAUAAAAGCGUUGUUAACGGUUUGAAUUGUGUCGAACAUAAAUCAUGAAAGUUUUUCAUUAAACGCAAUAUUCACUGUGUAGUUCAAUGUGGACAUUGAUAUUAGAUGGAAAAAUAGCUGGGGAUGAUGAAGUACUUUUUUGAUUGAUUCAUGAAUAGAGUCAUGACUGCUGUAGUGUGGAGCGCCAGGAGUGUCAAAUCUGACAGACAUUUGUGCUAUACAAGAACCCACAAUUAUGAUCAUUAUUAUUGAAUAUUAUAUGUCUUGUAUGUAACCUACUCGAGUUCUCUUUCUCUCUCUCUCUCUCUCUCUUUCUCUCACUUUUUACUUUUAUGUAAAGACUUUUAUUACAAUUCUUAUUUUACGAGUCUAGCCAUGUGAUAUCCAUUAAGUUUUAUCAAACAUACAGCUCAAUAAAACGUACCCACUUAACAUCGAUCUCCAUCCCUAUCUUGAGUUAGGCUGUGAUGGCUGUAAGACAUUGAAAAAGAUAGAGUAUGUGCCAUUAUCAGAUAUAAUUGGAAGUAUAUCACACCUACUUUAGCAUUUAACAUCUGACAAGCUCCGUGACAAACUUUAUGAUAUUUGCCAGCGCAAGGAUCAAUGUUGACAGUAUUUCAAUAAAAUAUUGUCAAUACAGUAAA